AUGUCACUAUUUAGCGUGUUACCAGCACCUACACAAUUCCUUCAGGACUUGGAAGAAGAUGACGAAACCAAUGAAACACUUGCUGAGAAAACCAAUACCUUUGAAGUGUACGCUGUUAAAAUCCCUCCGUACGGGAACAGAACUGGAUGGGUGCCGAGGACUGUUGAAGAUUUUGGAGAUGGUGGUGCUUUUCCGGAAAUCCAAGUUGCGCAAUAUCCAUUGAAUAUGGGAAGAGAAAAUAAAGAAUCUGUUUCAAAUGCUCUUGCACUGCAGUUAACUUCUGAUGGUAAAGUUAAAUACGAUGUGAUUGCUCGCCAAGGUCAGAGAAAAGAUAAAGUGAUUUAUUCAAAACUAUCCGACAUGCUUCCAUCUGAGGUGGUCAAUGAAGAUGAUCCUUCGUUGCAAAAGCCUGAUUCAGAAGAAGUUGCCGACAUCACUGAAAAAACAAGAGCAGCACUGGAAAAGUUGACUAAUUCUAAAGUUUCGGCUGCAUUACCAGUACGAGCGGCCGAUAAACCUGCUCCCGUACAAUGGUUCCGGUACACCCCCACCGAACAAGGACAAGAAUAUAAUUCCGGUUCGAAACAACGUGUUGUAAGAUUGGUGGAGGCUCAAAAAGAUCCAAUGGAACCACCUAAAUUUAAAAUAAACAAAAAAAUUCCCAGAGGUCCUCCAUCGCCCCCUGCGCCAUUAAUGCAUUCACCAACCCGGAAGACAUCUGUCAAGGAACAGAAAGAAUGGAAAAUUCCACCGUGUAUAUCCAAUUGGAAGAAUGCUAAAGGUUACACGAUUCCAUUAGAUAAGAGAUUAGCGGCUGAUGGUCGAGGUUUACAACAAAACCAUAUAAAUGAAAAAUUUGCCAAGCUGGCCGAGGCUUUAUACAUAGCAGAUCGUAAAGCCAGAGAAGCUGUUGAAAUGAGAGCUCAGUUGGAAAAGAAAAUGGCACAAAAAGACAAGGAAAAGAAAGAGGAACAUCUUAGAGCAAUGGCUCAAAAAGCCAGAGAAGAAAGAGCAGGUAUUCGGCUUCCUGGAUCCGCAAAGAAUGACGAAUCUCGCGAACGUGAUCAAUUGCGUCUCGAACGUCAAAAAGACAGAGCUCGUGAUCGUAACCUGGCCAGAAAUGCUGACAGCCGCAAGAACAAAGUAUUGCGAGAUCGAGACAUCAGUGAACAAAUUGCUCUGGGUCUCCCAGCGAUCACUAGGAAAACUGGAGAUACUCAGUACGAUCAACGUUUGCUUAAUACAACAGCUGGCAUGGAUACCGGAUUUGGUGACGAUGAAGAAUAUAAUGUGUAUGAUAAACCUUGGCGUGGAAACAGCAAUUUGGCUCAACAUAUUUAUCGUCCGUCUGCUAAUAUUGAUAAAGAAGUGUAUGGUGAUGAUUUAGAAACAAUUGCUAAGACAAAUAGGUUUGUGCCGAACAAAGAAUUUAGCGGAACAGAUCGUGAUCCUAAAGCCAGUGGUCGGUCUGGUCCAGUUCAAUUUGAAAAACAUCAACAAGAAGAGGAUCCAUUUGGUUUGGAUCAGUUCUUGACUCAAGCUAAGCAUGCAUCUAAGAGGUCUCAACCACAACAACAAGAUCGUGAUAAACGUCGUAGAAAAGAUUAA